UCCAGUAGGAUGAGCAGCCGCUUCUGCGCGAACGCUCCGGACGGACCGUAACCUCGCAGUUCUGUGGAGCGCGUUUGAUUGCAUUCACUUUCUGGACUGUUUCCACAAUGCUCGGAUUUCCGAUGGAUAUUCCCGUGUGAAGAAGCGGCACCGACACGGCUGAAGUGAAGAAGUAGCGAAGCCAGCAGGCAGAGCAAAAAUGAGGUCAGAGGCCCUGCUACUGUAUUUCACCCUGCUGCAAAUGGCUGGGGCCGUCUUCCCCGAGGACUCGGAGCCAAUCACUAUUUCACAUGGCAACUAUACGAAGCACUAUCCAGUGUUUGUUGGGCACAGACCGGGAAGAAACAGCACACAACGGCACAAACUGGAUAUACAGCUGAUUGUCAUAACCAAUCGGACUCUUUAUAUAGCAGCAAGGGAUCACAUAUAUACAGUGGACAUCGAAACGGCCAACACGGAGGAGAUUUAUUUCAGCAAGAAACUGACAUGGAAGUCCAGACAAGCUGAUGUGGAUACCUGUAGAAUGAAAGGAAAGCACAAGGAUGAAUGCCACAAUUUUAUUAAGGUUCUUCUCCAGCAAAACGACGACACCCUGUUUGUGUGCGGGACAAAUGCGUUCAACCCUUCCUGUCGAAGCUUUAAGAUGGACUCAUUGGAUGCCCUUGGGGACGAGAUCAGUGGGAUGGCCCGCUGCCCAUAUGAUGCCAAGCAUGCCAAUAUGGCUUUGUUUGCUGAUGGAAAGUUGUACUCUGCUACGGUCACUGACUUUCUGGCGAUUGAUGCUGUCAUUUAUCGCAGCCUGGGAGACAGUCCGACCCUGCGCACAGUCAAGCACGAUUCAAAAUGGUUAAAAGAGCCGUACUUUGUUCAGGCAGUGGAUUAUGGGGAUUUCAUUUACUUCUUCUUUCGGGAGAUUGCCAUGGAAUACAACAGCAUAGGAAAGGUGGUUUUCCCCCGAGUGGCCCGUGUAUGUAAGAACGACCGGGGUGGCUCGCAGCGCGUGCUGGAGAAACAGUGGACGUCGUUCCUCAAGGCUCGCCUCAACUGCUCUAUCCCGGGAGAUUCCCACUUCUACUUCAACAUCCUGCAGGCGGUUACUGAAGUGAUCCACAUCAACGGCCGUGAUGUCAUAAUGGCCACUUUCUCUACACCUUCUAAUAGCAUUCCAGGCUCGGCUGUGUGCGCCUACGACAUGGCGGACAUCGCCGCAGUCUUGACUGGACGCUUUAAAGAGCAGAAGUCACCAGAAUCAACCUGGACCCCUGUGUCUGAGGAGAAGGUGCCCAAACCCAGGCCAGGCUGUUGUGCUGGAACACCAUCUGCGGAGAAGUUCAAGGUGUCCAACGAGUUCCCAGAUGACACGCUAAACUUCAUCAAGAUGCACCCGCUAAUGGAUGAGGCCGUGCCCUCUAUUGCCAACCGGCCCUGGUUUCUAAAGACGAUGGUUCGAUAUCGGCUCACUCGGAUAGCAGUGGAUAACGCUGCCGGACCUUAUCGCAACUACACCAUUGUCUUUCUGGGGUCAGAAAGGGGCAUCAUCCUCAAGUUUCUGGCAAAAAUCAGCGGCGACUUUCUGAACGACAGCCUCUUUCUGGAGGAGCUGAGCAUCUACAACCCAGAGAAAUGCAGUAUUGAUGGUGUGGAUGACAAGCGCAUCAUCAGCAUGCAGAUCGACAACAAGAGUCACUCUCUCUUCGUGGCAUUCACAUCUUGUGUGGUAAAGGUGCCACUUUCACGCUGUGAGCGACAUGGGAGAUGCAAAAAGUCUUGCAUCGCCUCCAGGGAUCCGUACUGCGGCUGGGUUUCAGACGGUGCCUGCAAGGAAGUCACCAACACCAAAUGGCCGUUCGAGCAGGACGUAGAGCAGGGCAACACAGAUGGACUGGGAGACUGCCAAAAUUCAUUUGUGGCUCUAAAUGACCACUCCAGCUCUUCGCUAAGCACUGCGCACCCCAAGGACCCCCUUGUGCCCACCGAUAAGAGGGACCCUUAUAUUGCAGUGCCCUCUCUAACCCAGCACGAGUCCACCGGUGUGAUUCGCGAGAGCUUCCAGAAAGGCCGUGAUCAGAUGGUGCCCAUUACACUGCUGGCUGUGGCCGUGGUCCUGGCCUUCAUCACAGGUGCCGUCUUCUCUGGAAUUGUGGUUUACUGUGUGUGUGACCACCGUCAACGGCACCUCGAGCCAAGGAAAAAAGCCAAGGAUGCAGUGAACUCAAGACGUGGGUCCAUGAACAGCGUCACCAAGCUGACAGGCCUGUUUGAGACACAAGCCAAGGAUGGCCGGCCUGAAGCGAUCCUCACUCCACUCAUGCACAACGGCAAGACGCUCAUUAAGGCCGAGCAGCAGCAGCACAUGGAUCUUGUUGCGUUGCCCACACCUGAAUCAACGCCCAUGCAGCUGCGCCGCAAGCCUAGUCGUGCCAGCCGGGACUGGGAAAGAAACCAGAACCUGAUCAACGCUUGUGCCAAAGAGCUGGUCUCCAUGGGAUCACCCACUGUUCUGAUUGGCACCGACCUUCCAUUGAGGGCAUCUCCAGGCCACAUUCCGAGCGUAGUGGUGCUGCCUUUACAACAGCAUCAACACCAGCAGGUAGUAUACCAACAUCAGCAUGAAUAUGUGGAGCAGCCACAUCGCGUAGACUUGCCCGAUGACCAAGCUGCCACAUUGGAGUACAAAACCAUAAAGAGUCCAUGCCACCCUGGCAUGGGAGAUGGAGAUGUGAUGCCGCCCCGUGUGCCCCAGAGGGAGGCGUCGCUAGCUGUUGUCCCACCAGCUGUUCCACAGAUGGGAAAGAGGCUGGAUGUUUAUUGCCGUGGAUACCCGAUGGGCUUAAAGAAGCAACACAACACCAACUCAUCCAACUCAUCCCACCUUUCAAGAAAGCGAAGCUUCAGCCGCGCUGAGACGCCCCCACCAGCUCCCCAGAGGCUCGACUCAAUGCAUGUCUCAUCUCCGCCCGGCCUCUCUCGCCACUCCAGCAUGAGCUCGUAUGGCUCGCUGCCCCGCUGCAACUCCAGGUACCUCAGACCCGACGUCCCACCUAAACCCUCACAGCUCGCCCUCUCCGGGAAAGUCAAGUGCAGUGACUCAGGCACAUAAUCCGUACCAGCCGCACUGGGAACAUCACGUCUGUUUUGUACAGCUGUGUACAGAAAAUGCUUUCUGUUUUUUUCAAGAAAACAAAACAACGUUUUUCAGAUAUAUGUCCGUGUUAAACUGUUGGUCCUGACACGCCGAAAGAUGAGGACGGAAAAGAGAAGGACUUAGAAGUAUCAUUUUUCUGUGAGCCUCGUGUUGCUCUGUGUUUUUUGUCAGUGAUGACAGUAUGUCAGGCUGAGGACAUGACCACGUUGCAACCGAUGGUUGUUUUCUUAAAAGCCUGCCAAAAGCACAUCACAGAUCAAGGAGUGGAACGUAAUUGUAUAGUUCUGAUACUGGGAUAGGCCGCGGUAAGAAAAAAAAUGCUUGGACGACAGCAAGUUCAGACUGAAACAACUGGUGCACAAUGAAAAACUGUGAAGUUAAAGAGAUAAAUUGCCUCUGUCAGUGUUGCAGCUACUGGACACAGCAAUCGAGUUCUGCCUUUAGCCAGGUCUGAAAAAUCUACUGUAACCAGUGACUGAAUAACCUGUGACUCUUCUUACUAAUAGCUGUUGGUAUUUAUUUUUUAAUAAAGUGCUUUUAAAGAAAGACUGACUCUUUUUCGGCUGGAAGACAAGAUCUUUUUUUUUUUUUCAUUUUUAAUUCCUUAUGUGAAAUUAUUUAAAGUCAUUUAACUGGAGCCAGUACAAAAAAAAGACUAAUUUUUUUUGGAUGUUGAUGAGUAAGUAAGGAAUUACGGCCUCAGCUUCGAGGCUCUAUUUAUUAAACUGUGCCAGACAAGCUCGGGAAGAACUUAGCUCAGAUCUAGCGACGCAUUAAGACCGGCAGAAAAAAACUAGGAAAAAAAAUGGAAGUACUAAAAUCCACCAUCACCUCUUCAUGGACAUCAUUCAGCACUGUGGAUUGUCUCAGAAACCUUUAGUCUAAUGGCCAUAGCUUCACUGAGUGCCAUUUUGGUUUACAUUUUGCAUGGACGUGCAAAGACUGAGCCGAGAAAGAACAAAAAAAUAAAUAAAGCCCCAGAUAAUCUGCACUUAAAACACAGUAAGAUGAAAGACUAGAUGCUGGCGGUCGGCUAGCAUGUAGGAAAUGCUUCUUAUGGUUUUGGCAGGUAUCAAAACUUAUAAUUUUUUAGUUUCACCUUCACACAGACCCUGUUAUUAAAUUUAAUGUUUGAUAGGCUGUUUUUUGUUUUGUUUCGUUUCGUCCUGUUUCAUCCAUGUGUAAAUUUGUGCCUUACACC